AUGAGCAGCCAGGGCCCUCAGUCCGACUCUCUCGUGCCGGUCACCGACACCGUACACCCGGCGGCCGAGACGACUUCCACUCUUGCUGCGUUCGUGGACAUCUCGCGCAAGGCCAACCGGGAGCGCCUGCUGCGUCCAGAGGAGAUUGCCCUUCUCAGUUCCACAGACCUCGACCAGAUGCUGGCGCUUGCGCGUAACCCUCUGGGCGCAGACCUGCCAAACUGUUUCAUCAAGGUCGACUCUACCGAGCUCGCAGUUGGCUACCUCCAGUUCUACGUCCGCCAGGUCUCUUACAAGCCCGUUGACCUGCUGGCAGAUAUGUUGAAAAUGGUCGAACCAUACCCUGCGCUGCGACCUCGUGUGUCCGUCAUCGUCGAGGAGAUCAAGCAUCACAUCAACCACGGUACCAAUCGCGUCUGGCUGCGUUAUGCUGGACAAACGUGCGAAUCUACCCCCGAGGACCGCGACAAGGCAGAUUCGAAGCAGAGGGGCUCCUUUAUCACAAACUUCCUUCACCAUACGGGCAAGCAGAUGGACAUCUUUGUCCUUGAAGAUGUCAAGGUGUCAAUGGACGCACGUACCUACCGAGCAAAAGAAGACUGGCAAGCUGUAGAGCGUGCAAUGGUGUCCUGCCUGUGGCCAUUGUCGCUCAAUUCGGCGCGUGGCGGAUUCAAGCACAUACCCGAAGACGCCCUCUUCUCCCCACCUCUCCCCCUGCCGGCGCCCGAUGUCGACCGACCAUCCAUGAUGCUGGGCAUUGAACAGAGGAUCGCGCACCAUGUCGACGACAUGGUAGCGGAGUGGACGAAGCGCACAGGACAAACGAUGCACCCGCAGUCCAUCGAGACGGUCAAGACAGCGAUGGCUCCGCAAAACACAUAUGGCGGAGUGGUCAUCGCUGUCCGCUUCUCCAAGGACGUGACCCAGGAGGAGUUCCUCGGUCACAAAGGUGUCGACUACCACGGACCCCUCGCCGGCCCUGGACCGUCGCUAUCGGUGGCCAUGCAGGUGCGAUCCCACGGUUCCCAACUUCCGCUCUCUCGCCCCGAAAUCCAGAAGAUUCUUGGACCGAUGGUCGAUCUCUGGAGCGUCUCUGUUAUCCACAAUGAGGUUCUCGUCGCAAUUCUCUUCCUCUGGCGGGCAUACCAAGUUUGGCAAACGAAGCAACGGGAGGGCUCGGGUGGAGCGUAUACUGCCCCCGAUUAUGUGUUGUAG